AUGGAUAAAAUUUUUGGAAUCGCGCAACCCGGCGUUGACCCCUCGCAGCUCUCCCCUUGCCGUCGCGUCGCCGCCUCCCAGCAAACACUCGGGGCGACGGCGUGUGAGGGGGCCACAACACGGGCGGCUAUAUAAAACUUUCACAAUUUACGGGGACGCGUGCCGGCCGCAGGAGUCGUAGCCGGCGACACGCAAGGCUCACUUCUUCUUCUUGCCGCUCACGUUGAGACCUUCUGAAAGCAGCGCGGACAGGUCCUCCUUCUUCUCCUUCUUCUUCUUCUUGCCCGGGCCGUCGACCGUUCCCGGUUUUGGGGCUCCUUUUUUAUCUUUGACCUCGCCGGCCGCUUUCGCGGCCUGCUUCUUGGCCUGCUUCUCGAGCAUGGCCGCCUUGUCCCUUUCAUUACGCUGCUGGGGCGUGAGGCCGUCGUCCUUCCCGCCGCCGGCGUGCUUCGCGGCCCUGGCUUGGGCUCUUGCUCGGUCUAUUUCUCGCUGGUUGCCGCGCGUCAUUGUUGCACUCAACCGAUGCCGCGGUUAUGUCAAGUGUCGCGACGACGGCGUGCUGCGGGCUGAAACUGCUUGGCGAUUGCUAACUCCGUGCAGAGGACCUCCGGAGGCUUCGCUGUUGGUAUACGAGUCGCUGGCAGCACCCAGCAACAACACCUGCGGUUUAUUUUGUAUCUGCUAUCGCUGAGGCUCGCGUAAAGCGGUACCAAAAAGUCG